CCUCCUUCCACUCACACUCUCUUCCCUCUCUUUCUCAGUUCAUCCUAUCAUCAUUCUCUUUUUUUAAAAUAACUAAAUUAAACUAAAUUAAAGAGACAAAUGGCAGAGGCACUUUUAUCGCCAAUUUUGGAGCAGUUAAGCGCGGUCGUUGCUCAACAGGUACGAGAAGAGGUGAGCCUAGUACGGGAUGUGAAGAAACAAGUCGACAAGCUGAAAAGCAAUCUCCUUUCUAUCCAAUCUGUCCUUGAAGAUGCAGAUAGAAAACAAGUGAAGGAUAAGGCUGUAAGAGAUUGGGUAGACAAGCUCAAAGAUGUAUGUUAUGAUAUGGAUGACGUGCUCGAUGAAUGGAGCACUGCAAUUCUUAGAUGGAAAAUGGAGGAAGCUGAAGAAAAUACUCGCAGCCUACAGAAGAUGAGAUGUUCCUUCCUGAAAUCUCCUUGCUUUUGUCUCAAUCAAGUGGUUCGACGUCGCGACAUUGCCCUUAAGAUCAAAGAAGUAUGUGAAAAAGUGGAUGACAUUGCCAAAGCGAGAGAUAGGUAUGGCUUUGCUCUGUACAGAGCCAGUGAUAUCAGAGCCACUGAUGAACUCCAGCGACUAACAACUACCUCCUUUGUUGAUGAAUCAAGCGUGAUUGGUCGAGAUGGUGAAAAGAAAACUAUUGUAAGCAAGUUGGUGGGUGAAAGUAGUCAGGAAGCACGGGACGUUGAUGUCAUCUCUCUAGUAGGGCUGGGCGGAAUUGGAAAAACAACUCUCGCCCAACUAGCUUUUAAUGAUUCUGAGGUUAAGGCUCAUUUUGAGAAAAAGAUAUGGGUGUGUGUUUCAGAUCCAUUUGAUGAGGUUAAAAUAGCCAAAGCAAUCCUUGAGCAGCUCGAAGGGAGUGCACCGAAUUUGGUUGAAUUGCAAUCCCUUUUGCAAAGGGUUUCUGAAUCCAUUAAGGGAAAGAGGUUCCUUCUUGUCCUUGAUGAUUUAUGGGCAGAAAAUCAUGGACAAUGGGAAAAACUGAAACCAUCUCUCACAGGCUGUGCACGAGGAAGCAGAAUUCUAGUGACCACUCGUAAGGGCACUGUGGCAACGAUUAUGGGAACUGACCACCAGAUCAAUGUUGAGAAAUUGUCCGACGAGAUAUGCAGGUCAAUAUUCAAUCAUGUGGCAUUCCAGGAAAGAAGCAAAGAUGAGCGCGAAAGAUUGACAGAUAUCGGUGAUAAAAUUGCUAACAAGUGCAAGGGCUUGCCGCUAGCUGCCAAGGUAUUAGGAGGUCUAAUGCAGUUUAAAAGAACAAGAGAAGAGUGGGAACGUGUUUUAUCUAGCGAACUGUGGGGGCUAGAUCAGGUUGAUAGAGAUCAGGUUGAAAGACGAAUAUUUCUACCUUUGCUUUUGAGUUACUACGAUUUACCUUCUGUGGUAAGACGAUGUUUCUUGUAUUAUGCCAUGUUUCCAAAAGACUACGAGAUGCGCAAAUAUGAAUUGGUGAAGAUGUGGAUAGCUCAAGGUUACCUCAAGGAGACUUCAGGUGGAGAUAUGGAGGCUGUUGGAGAGCAGUGCUUUCAAGUCUUAGCAGCGCGCUCUUUCUUCCAAGAUUUUAAGACGUAUGGUCGAGAAGAUAUUAGAUUCAAGAUGCAUGAUAUAGUGCAUGAUUUUGCCCAAUAUAUGACAAAAAAUGAAUGUCUAACAGUGGAUGUCAAUAACCUUAGAGAAGCAACAGUGGAGACUUCAAUUGAAAGGGUUCGUCAUUUAAGCAUGAUGCUGCCCAACGAGACCUCUUUUUCCGUGUCCAUUCACAAAGCAAAAGGUCUACGCAGCCUCUUGAUCGACACUAGAGACGCUUGGCUUGGAGCUGCACUACCUGAUGUAUUCAAGCAGUUGAGAUGCAUCAGGUCAUUGAAUUUGUCAAUGUCUCCAAUCAAAGAAAUACCAAACGAGGUAGGGAAAUUGAUACAUUUGAGACACCUCAAUUUGGUAGCUUGUAGAGAGUUGGAGUCCCUGCCAGAAACCAUUUGUGAUUUAUGCAAUCUGCAAUCCCUAGACGUUGCUUGGUGUGAUUCUCUCAUGGAAUUGCCUAAUGCGAUUGGAAAACUUAUCAAAUUGAGGCAUCUCCGGAUUUCUGGUUCAGGUGUGGCCUUCAUACCAAAGGGAAUAGAGAGGAUAACAGGUCUGCGAGCAUUGGAUGGGUUUACUGUUUGUGGUGGUGGUGCGAAUGAAAGUAAAGCAGCUAAUCUAAGAGAAUUAAAAAACUUAAAUCGCAUCGGGAGUCUUGUUAUAUGGAAUCUACGAGGAGGUGAAGAAUAUGUGAGUGACGCUGCAGAAGCACAACUCAAGAAUAAGAGUCGUCUGCUUUGUUUGCAAUUGGAUUUCAACUUCAAACGGGAGAACAACAUUUUAAUUGAAGUUUUACAGCCUCCGUCAAACUUGGAAAAUCUAACCAUAACUAGGUACGGAGGGUUGGAUUUGCCAAAUUGGAUGAUGACAUUAACCAGAUUACAGGUGCUUACACUCGGUCUCUGUACAAACGUGGAGGUCUUGCCUCCGUUGGGAAGAUUGCCCAACCUUGAAAGCCUGGUAUUGAGGUCGAUGAAGGUGAGAAGGCUGGAUGCUGGAUUUUUAGGUAUAGAAAAAGCUGACAAUGCCAGUAUUAAUGAAGGAGAAAUUGCAAGGGUCACUGCUUUCCCCAAAUUAAAAAAACUUUUGAUUAUGGAUCUCAAAGAAGUAGAAGAUUGGGAUGGAAUUGAAAGGAGAGUGGGAGAAGAAGAUGCCAACACAACUUCAAUAAUAUCCAUUAUGCCACAACUUCAAGAUUUGAUGAUUCUUGAUUGCCCGUUGUUGAGAGCACUACCAGACUAUGUUUUGGCAGCGCCUAUACAGGAACUACGCAUAAGAAGGUGCCCCAUUCUAACGAAUCGUUACGGGGAGGAGAAGAUGGGUGAAGAUUGGCAAAAGAUUUCUCACAUGAUUUUUUCGCCUUAGAGGGUUUUUAUUUUUCAAAAAGUGAUUUUAAAAAAAAUAAUUUUUAAAUUUAUUUGUGUUUGUUUGCCAUUAGAAAAGUUGGUCAACGAAAAAUUUGUUUUGGUUUUCAGGAAAGUAUUUUUCUUUUAUUUUGGACGGAAAACACUUUUUGAAAGUUAUGAAAAAAUUAGAAAUGUCAUAUUAUUUGCUGUUUAUAUCAAAUUUGAUCAUCAAAUUUUUUAUUGUUAUAUAUAUAUAUAUUAUUUUGAAUAUUUAAUUUUCAAUUUCAUCUUUUAAAAUUUAAUUUUUAUAUUAAGUUUAGUUUUUAUUUUUAUAAUUGUUAUUUGCUUUUCCCUUAUCAUUUUCUAAUUGAAAUUUUUUAUUUAUCAAAUUUGAUUUUUAUUUUUUUUAUUGUUAUUUAUUUUAUUUCAAAUAAUUUAUGAAAAAUUAAUUAUUAUUAUUUUAAUUUUUUUAUCUUUUAUUUUUUUUAUUUUUUAGAUUUAAUCUCUAUUAUUUUGAUUAUUAUUUAUUUUAUUUGAGAUAAUUUAUGAAAUUAUAUUUUUUUUCAAUUUCAUUCUUAUUUAACUUUUUAAUUUGUAAGAUUUGUUUCUCAUUAUUUUAAUAAACUUAAAAAAAAAUAUUAAUAAAUUAUUUUCCAGCUUAUUUUUCAUAACAUAAUCAAACGUUAGAAAAUAUUUUUUAAUUUAUUUAUUAUUACAUUAUUAAACAUCAAAAAAUAAUUUAUUUUUCUGAAAUUUACAUGUUAAAAAAAAAAUACUUUCCUCAGGCUGAGUGUAUUAAUUAUUUGCUUUGGUAUUUGCUAAGGUUGAGUGUAAAAUAAUAUGUAAGCCUUACCAUUAUUGUGACCUCUUUACUUACAUGGAGGAUUUAUUGCAAGUUAAAUAUUUUUAUUUUUUAUAAAAUUUAAUUAUUUAAAUAUAUUUUUCUAGUUUAAAAAUAUAAUAAAUUAAAAAAUUUAUAUACAACUAAUCAAAUAAAUUAAAAAUUAUUUAUGUUAAUAAAUAAAUAAAAAUUUAUUAAUAAUACUUAAAAACAAAACUGGUUCAAAGCCUUCAUUCAGCUCAAUGUAAAGAGGACCAACCUGCCGUCAUAAAAGCCCAAAAUACUCCAUUGUAAAAGCCCUCGUAGGAAAACACCUUCUUCUCCAACAAGAAAAGCAAAGUUAAAACCCCAAGUAAAUAUCCCUGUCUUUCUCUCCCACACGCUCGCAUUCUCAGUUUUUCAUCUCCGCGUCUUCAAGCAAUAAACCAUGGGUGAUAGCCAGUACUCCUUUUCUCUCACUACUUUCAGUCCUACCGGAAAGCUAGUACAGAUUGAGCACGCAUUGACUGCCGUUGGGUCAGCCCAAACUUCUCUCGGAAUCAAAGCGGCAAAUGGUGUUCUUAUUGCAACUGAGAAGAAAUUGCCAUCUAUUUUAGUCGAUGAAUCUUCUGUAAGUAAACAUUUAUAAAUCUUUUUAUUGGUUUUGUUAUAUUCUUUGGUUGAAAUUCAAGAAACCCUUUUGUUUUUUGUUUUUUUUGGCGUUUUUAAUUGUGUUUUCUUUGUGAACUUUUCGGGUUGGCCCUGUGAUCUUUUAGUAAUAACCUAAGUAUAGAGACAUGGGCUUGUAGCACUCUAAUUGAAGAAGCUGAUGAUUGUUGUGGAAAAGCAACGUGGAUUCUAGCCAAUGAGGUGUUGGUCUAGUAGUUAAUGGGUUUAUAUUGAGAUUCUUAGGACUGAUUUGAUUUUAGUGACAUCAGCUGGUAGAAAUCUGUUCAAAUUCGGUGUAAAUUUGUAAUUUUAUUAGUAAUUUGAGCUUAGUGAUUUGGGUUCUUGCCAGUGAGGCGUUACUGUACUAGUUAAUAACUCUAAGAUUGAGACUUUGGAUGUUGGAGUCUGUAAAGAUUUAUAUCCUCAUUAUUCCCACAUUGUAUAAAAAGGUGGUGUUGAUUAUUUUAAA